UUGAAAUCACAUCUUAGUGGACAUUUCGAUAGGUCAAAGAUUCAGAAGUUCAUUGAAUACAGAGAGCGGACACGACACUCAAAUACAAAAAAGGUUACUCGUUCCAUUCCUUAGAAAUACCACCCACGAAUACCAGUUUUUGUUCAACAAAUUUGAAGACAUCACCAAUAAAAUACCAUCGCCAUGGACGAAAUCACGCCUUUCGACAAGGUUGGCUUCUUGGAGAGCUAUCUGCUCAAGCACAAGGAGCUGGGCAAACGCCAGCGCGAGUACAAGAAGAUCCUGUCCAGCAAGCUCAAGACACGCAAGGAGACCAUCAUUGAGGCCAGCUAUGAGACGGCCAACGAUCAGCUGGAGGAGGAGAAGAACGACCUGAGAGCCCAGAUCUGGGUGGCCAGCGGUACCACUCACAAGAGGAACAACGAGCGCUAUCUGGAGCUGAUCCGCUGCCAUGUUGAGUGCCAAGAAAACCUCUCGCAGGACAUCAACUCGCUGAAGACCUCCAUCCUAAACAUGGAGCGCGAGACGAGCCGGAUGGCCAAGCAAAUCUACAACCUCAACCGGUUGACAAUUCCCGACCAGCAGCACCAGGCCUAUGUGAUGAAGGCCCGCAAGCGGUUGAACAUCCUGGAGAACUCACUGGAGGUGGGCAUACGGCAGGAGUGUGGCUUCACUGCGGCCAAUGCUGAGUUGCGGGAGCAGCUAAUCCGCAUCCUCAACCACCGCACCUUUUUCAACGACUCGUACACCAAGAUGGUGCAGAAGCUCAACAGCGACAAGAAAUACCUCUUAGAUCUCAUUGAGUACGCUGUGAACACCUUCGAUGGCUGUAUUGAGGUCUACGAGAAGAUCGACAUGCUGGCCAAACGGGAGGCCAAGGAGCGAGAGCUGAGGCGUGUGGAGAUGCAGGGCAUCAUGCGGAAAGUGGCCGCCGACGGAGACAACAGCGCCUUCUUGCACUGCAAGUCCAAGACCAGGGAGCUGGCCGAUCUGCAGCCAAAGGAGUACAAGCGACGGGACAAGUUCCGGCGCAUCCACAACAAGAAGAUUAAUCUGUACAACUCAGUGCUGCAGAAGAUCCUUGAGUACACCGACUCCAACAACGUGGAUGAAGUGAUCGAGAAGUUCCAGCAGCAGGAGAGCCUCUACUACUCCUUCUUCAACUACGCCAACGAGAUGAGCUACCAUAUCACUCUGCUGAACAACUCGGUUAACCGCCUCUUCGAGGACAUUGUUGCUUUGAAGAAGGACAACUCGAAUACGCUGCAGGACCAGCUGGAUCAGAUCGCCAGCCUGGAGGCCAAGGUGCGUGACAAGGAGGAGUCGAACAUGGACCUGCACAAGGCUAGGGAAAAAAACGAUACGCGGCUUGAGAACCUCUUGCAGGGUGUGGAGACCAUCUGUGAAAUGUGCUCCAUCGAUGCCUCUCCGCUGUCCAAGUUGCUGGGCGAUCACACCCACGUCAACUUGGUCAACGUGAGCCGCUUCCUCAAGAUUCUCGAAGUGAGGGUCCAGGAGCUAACGGCCAGCGUUUAUAUGACAGAACGCCAGGAAGAAGGACGCUUCGACUACGUGGUCAAGCAGAUCGAAAAGGUCUGCGAGCUGCCUACUGAUCUCAACGACAUCGUGCUCACACAACAGUGUCCCGAGUGCGCCGAGGGCGAGGCCUUCAACAUGGAUGAAGGCGGCGAUGGCGUUUUGGUUCACACGGUCACUGAGGCCAAGAAGAAGCUAUACGAGAAGGUCACUCAGCCGGAAAUGCAGUACCGCCUGCACAGCAUCAGUCAGUGCCGACUGCCGCGUUCUCGACUCCUGGCCGCCAAGCGCAAUAUGUAGGUCCUUCCUCAAGGAGCUAAGGCUUGUUCCAGAAGCUCUGAAUUUGUCAGAAAUUUAGCAUGGGACAUUACUUGUUUCAGUUUCUAUUUUAACCAGUGAUAUAUAUUUUUGUCCCGGGAUCCAUAUCAAAUAUCUCCAGAUGCUUAAAAUUCUAAUCAUUCUCGGUUUCGAUUAUAAUAAAUUUCAAACUUAUUCUGGAUAAAGUCAAACUUUUAACUUUAGGUAAAAGAGGCCAACACUGCGUAUGAGUGAUUAACAUAGAAUCUAUCUACUGCAAAUACUGCUGCAAUUACUGGAAUUUAAAAGAAAAUCCACAAGUAAGACUUCAAAUUAAGUUUGCUCAUUUAAAAAAAACUCAAUUAUAUAUAUUCAAUUCUUGCUAUUGUCUUUAUUGAUUAAAUCUAAACAUAUA